CUGGGAGGAGUUUUGCGGUGACCGUGCGAUGAUCGGCCCUGAGGCAAGGUUCCAUUGCUUUGUCUACAAGAACCGGGUGCUGGAGGAGUGCAGGUAACAAACCGGGACGCAGGAGUGAGAAACCCACGUCACUGGUAAAAUAGUAAAAUGUGGCAAAGUGUGGGCUUAACGUUCCUGGUCUUUGUGGCCACGCUGAUCUGUGUCCUGCUAUUUAUGCUGUGCGGAUGGUACGUGGUAUGGCACCUCUUUCUUUCCAAGUUCAAGUUCCUCAGAGAACUUGUCUGCGACACCGGGUCUCUGCAUGGAGAAGGGGAGUCCACGGAAACACCUUCAGAGCAAGAAGCUCCGCCAACUCCACAGAGAUCAAGACCUAAGUCUGCAAGACAAAGAAGAGUUCCCCCUGAAGAGGCAACUUAAAAAAAUAAAA